AACAUAACCUAAAAACAAUUGCAUGCCUGCACAUGCACCAUCGUUUAAAAUCGUUAUAAAUUACGCUCAUUAUAUUUAAUAUUAGCUUAUUUUGACUUGUAUCACUCAUCCUGCUCAGUGCUCUUUUCCUUUCAUUUCUGUGACUUUAGAUAAGAUUCCAGAAAUGUCUGCCAAACACUUAAAACGAAAGAAACUCUCCAAACACAUCCUAGAAAUGAAGUUCAUGCAGCGCACUAAAGAAAAAGUACGAUUGUUGGAUGAAGAGGAAGAAGGGCGAGCAACGUUUUCAAGUGAAUUAACAGAACAAAUGGCGGACCAAAAGAGCAACUACUUUAUUCAGCCUAGCUUUGCUGUUUGUGAUGGCCUAAUGCCAAGUCGUCUGUCUUUCCUGGGAAUGAAUCCACUCAUAGAAAAAUUCAUGAAAGGCGAGGCAGGUUCAGAUGUCCAGACUAAAGAGGAAGCAGACGUGAGUUUAGAAGAAAUGGCUGAAACGUAUGCCAGCAACAGCACAUUAGUCGAAACAAUGGCCAACAAAUUUCAUAAGAAGAAGAGAGAUAAAUCUAAUGACAAAGAGCCGGACAGGAAAAAAAUGAGGCUUAGUGAUACAUAAUUUGCAUUUCUCUCCUAAUGUGGUGCGUACUUUAGUAUUAAUUGUUCAAAUAAUGAAGCUCAAAAUAUUAUUGUCUGUAUGACUUGGGACAUAUAAAAAGACUGUUUCUUAUAAGUCUACCCUUCUCUAAUGCCUUCAUGGAUAACAAUAUUCACUCAAGCAAAAGAUAAAGGUAAACUUAUGUGCAGCCUGAUCGUUGAAAUGUUGUGUUUGUCGGGUAGACAUAGAUGACAUAGGUUAAAAGGCGGAGCGUGAUUGGUCUGCUAUGUCUCAUUGCUGCUUUGUUGUGCCUUUGUCAGGUGGAAUGGAGGACAUACUGUCGGAAACUUAAGAGGUGCCUUUAGCUUGUCGUGAGUUCCACCUGACGUAGGUACAACAAAGCAUCGAUAAGACAUAGCCGACCAAUCACACUCCGCCUUUUAACUUGUGUCAUCCAUGUCUACCCGGAAAACACAAAAUUUCAAUCAUCAGGCUGCUGGAAGGUGGUCUAGCUGGUUCAAAAUGUUUCGAGGGUUUGUAAUGACCAAAGUUUUGGAAAGAAAUUCAAUUUUGCCUCAAACUGCAUAAUCUUCAGUUUUGACUGAGCUAAAAUUUGUUGGCAACUUGAAAAUUAACUAUACUUAGUCUAGCUAGACUGCACUUAAAAAGUUCAUAGAAAUAUCAAUUGUGAGGAGGAGAUCUGCAAUUUAUAACGGGUACAUAUUUCAUUUAAAGGAGAAAUAUUUCUCAGAAACGAAGAGAACUUGACUGCUUGCCUUUAUGAAUGUACUUACAAUUGAAUGCAAAUAAUUAUUUCUUAAUAUAGAAUAAAGCAGUCUUUAUCAAUAAAUCAAGCAAUAUUGUUAAUAUUUUCACUGUGAAAUAUUGGGCCUUUCUCCAAUUUAUUUUGCUUGAAGCUCUUGGAAGGAUCACCCUUCACUUACAAUAGAAAAAAAAUUCUCUUCAUUCCCUCAUGGGAUAUCUUGUGGCAACUUAGGAAAAAAUACAUUCUGUACUUAGCUUUUCAAA